AUGUAUCAAUGUUGUCCUGUGUCUAACUGCUCUUCAGAGCGAUCGUUUAGUGCACUAAAACGAAUUAAAAGUUAUUUUCGAUUGAGGAUGACUGAUGAACGACUAAACAGUAUCGCCAUAUUAAACAUCGAAUCAGAUAUUACAAAAGGUUUAGACUAUGAUGAUAUAAUCAAUGAGUUUAGUUCCUUGAAAGCUCGAAAAAAGAAUAUGUAA